GCGCGAACUUUCUAACAAGCGGACUAAUUAGUUCCCCUAGAAAAAUGCAUGAGACUUAAAAAGUCAUUGUGAUUCUCCUGGAUUUGAUGACUUGUCCAGAAUUUCGAGAGUCUGGACAUUCCUGUGCAUUCUGCUGCUUCAUUAAUUGACUACGGCUUUACAGCUUGAUAUCAGUCGAGAAAUUCUAAACAUGGCUACUAAUAGUCCCACCCAGUCUGUCCUUAUUACAGGCUGCAGCGCCGGCGGCAUCGGCUCAGAACUGGCUCGCGAGUUCCAGCAUCGCGGCCUGCACGUCUUCGCUACCGCCCGCACCCUCUCCAAGAUGGACCACCUCAAAGAUUUGCCCAACGUCACCCUCCUCCGCCUCGACGUCACCGACCAGUCCACCAUCGAUAACGCCGUCGCCGCUGUGCGCGACGCCGGCGCAGGAAAACUGAACUAUCUCAUUAACAAUUCGGGUGCGCAACACAUCGCGCCUGUGCUGGAAACCGACCUCGAAACGACCAAGUCCAUUUUCGACGUAAACGUGUUUGGCGCCAUGCGCGUCACCCAAGCCUUUGCGCCGCUGCUCAUCGCCGCGUCUGGCUGCAUCGUCAACAUUUGCUCUAUCCUGGGCCACCUGCAUAUGCCAUGGAAAGGAGUUUAUCUAGCCAGCAAAGCCGCCGUCGAGAUGCUGAGCGAAACGUUGCGGCUCGAGCUCCGGCCCCUGGGCGUUCGAGUUGUGUCGCUCGUCACGGGCGCGGUCAACACCAACAUCACGGCAUCGGCGUCCCGCACCGAGCUGCGCGACGGCUCUCCGUACAAGGUCAAAUCAGUCGAGGAUGCGAUCCAGAAGCUUACCAGCGGCAAGGAUGGCAUCAAGCGGACCCCGGCCGACGAGUUCGCGAGAAAGGUGGUUGAGGACAUCCUUGGAGGCGUCUCUGGGCGGAUAUGGAGGGGACAAAUGGCUGGGGUGACUAGCAUCGCUACCAAGAUGGUGCCCAGUAGUAUUCUGGACAACCAACUGAUGGCAAAUGCAGGCAUGGAAGGCAUUGUAAAGAAAUCCUCGUGAUUUAAUUUUUUUGGGAUCUUGGCGGGUUUGGGUGUCUCUCGUGGGUUACUUCCCAUCAAUCCAUACAUGUAAGUCAGCUUCCUAAUGUCAAACUUUUACGACAUGUUGGCCAAUGGCAUUCCUCUGGAUGUCCUAAUGGAGAACCAAAACGUUGAGGCAGUAGAACUGUUGCGCAGGAGGGUGUCCCGAACCCUAUGAUGGAUUGCAAUGUUGACAAAGGGCACAUCUUUACUCUGCCACAUUUACCAUACAAAUAGAAUCUUCCUUCCUUAGCUGACCUCACCAGGUCAAUAGGCUGCUGGCUGCGCAAUUUGGUUUCCCUUGGGAAGAUGAUUGGCUCGGACUGUUUGGCCAUGCAUGAACCACCUCUGUCUCGCUUUCUUUGUCCUAUGCUCUACCCAAUCUGCAUGGUGACCCCAUGCUCACCGCAAAAAGCCAAAUACAAGCUUGUUGUGCUUAACGGCUUGAAAAGGGGUUUUCCUGCGCGCAGAUUCUCCAAACCGGCCUCUUCCGCCACCUAAAAACAUCAAUCAUUGAGCGGUGUUGCUGGAUGGGCCCCGGUACCACCCUGCAGUCAACUCCCACGUUCAUGUAUGAUGUAU